AUGACGGUUAAGCAGGAAGCUCAAGUGCCAGCCAGUAUGAUGCUGGCUGACCCUUCUCGGCUUGAAAUAAUUGACAAAUUAUUCGCUUGCAAUGUGGGAGAAUAUAUCAAUCUACCACAGCUGGUCGUUGUUGGAGAUCAAUCCAGCGGCAAAAGCUCCGUUCUAGAGGGCCUGACAAAAUUAAAAUUUCCUCGAAACAGCGGCUUGUGUACCCGAUUCGCGACACAGAUCAUUUUCCGGAGGGAUCCGAGCUUAAAAAUACGGAAACUCACCGGCUCCAUCAUCUCUGCGGCUCAUGACGACCAGAAGGAAAAUGCAAGUUGGAGUAUAUCCAAUAUUGAAGCACUGGAUGAGAAGGAAUUCAAGAGCAUGAUGGCGGAGGUUAGUCCAUCUAGCGAUGGGCCUAUCAACGUCAAUGGGAGACAACCUGCCUACGUUUUCUCGAGAUGUUCUUCGAUUGGACUUCAUGGACCCCAUGAAAAUCAUCUCAGUGUGAUUGAUGUUCCAGGGAUUUUCAAAACUACAACACCUGGCUUAACUUCCAAGUCAGACAUCACCCUUGUGAGGGAUAUGGUACUCAACUACAUGCGAAACCCACGAUCAAUAAUCCUCGGCGUUGUACCAGCAAAUGUGGACAUUGCCACGCAGGAGAUUAUUGAAAUCUCUAGAGAAUUGGACCCCGACGGAACGAGAACCCUGGGGAUCCUUACAAAACCAGACCUCGUGGACAAAGGAGCAGAGGAAAAGGUUAUCGAACUUGUCGAAGAGAACCAGUGGUCUCAAGGAUUAGGCUGGGUGGUCGUAAGAAACUUGGGCCAGAAGGACCUUCAGGACCCAUCAAAGAACCGUGACGUUGAAGAGGAGAUCUUUCGCGUUUCACCUCCUUGGAAUCGCCUCUCAAGUGAUAACUAUGGCAUCAAUGCCCUGGGAACACGACUGCAAGCGCUUUUGGCUUCGAACGUGCGGCGGGUAUUUCCAUCGGUUCGAUCCGAAGUUUCGAAACGUCUUAAAGAAUGUAAACGGGCACUUGAAAGCCUUGGAGAAGAGCGCGGAUCCCCUGAGCAACAAAGCAAAUUUUUGCUCGAAAUUGUGUCAAAAUUUCAGCGUAUCACUGAGGAUGCUCUUCAUACAAACUACGGAGCACAAGACGCCUUCGAUGAAGAACCCGAUUUACGGUUGGCAACCAAGUGUGCUAAUCGCAAUGCUCAGUUCUCUGACGACUUUUCCGCUUAUGGUCAUGUAUACGGAUUCAAAUCGCAUGAGCAUGACGACGACUCUGAAAUCAGAUCAACAGCCAAGAAAACUUCCCCGACGAGCUCUGUCCGCGUGAACAUUUUCGGCGUGGAUAGUGACGGGGAAAAAGAAGAAAAGGAGCGAAAGUCGAUCCCGAGCAGGAAGCUGAAUGGUUGUGACGAUAUACAGGACAUUCUACACGAUUGUGUCCAAAUCCAGGAUGCCAUGGCGCAAGGAAUUCUUCCUUGGAUUGAAAACCUCUACACGGAGUCUCGUGGGUUCGAGUUGGGAACAUUCAAUUCGUCCAUACUUUCAAGCGUGCUGAAGAAACAAUCUGCGAAAUGGCCGCCUCUGGCAGAGGGCUACAUUUGCGAUGUCAUAUCCAUCGUUCACACCUUUACGACGAAGGCGUUGAACAUAUCCUGCGGAGAUCAGAGACUAGGUCAAAAUAUCCUCUCAGUUCUGAUGGACGAUCUCAUCGAAAAAUAUCGACAAGCCCUUGCGAUGACGGAGUUUCUCCUUCGAAUUGAAAGGGACGGAACACCGAUGACCCAGAAUCAUUAUUUGAAUAGCAAUUUGCAGAAAUGUCGUCAGCAACGCAUCACGUCUGAAGUAACGGAGUCAUCUUUUUGCGUAAAAUACGAUGACGGCUCAAGUGGAAAUUGUGUUCGAGUCUCUGAUCUCACUCGAAUCCACCACAUGAGUAACUUGCAACAAACAGUGCAAGAUAUCCACGAUAUCUUGAAGUCGUACUACAAAGUUGCCAGAAAAAGGUUCGUUGACAAUCUUUGCAAGCAAGCAGCGGAUUACCAUUUGGUUAGCGGGCCUGCCGCGCCGAUGAAAUUGUUCUCCCCUUCAUGGGUCUACAGCCUUUCACGUGAACAACUGGAGCAAAUUGCUGGGGAGGAAGCAAUUGUCCGGAGGAAGCGUCACCAGUUACAAAAACAGCUUAAGGAGCUCGAGACUGGCAGAAAAAUUCUACUCUAG